AUGCUAGCAGUCGAGGCUGAUAACAUGUGGCUAGAGAGUCGUAGAAGAUUGGAAGCUAGUGGUGCGGAGAUCUCUUGGGUUGUGUUGCGUAUAGAGUUCUUAAGGAAGUACUUUCCUGAGGAUGUCCGUUGCAAGAAGGGUAUUGAAUUCCUUGAUCUAAGGAAAGGGAACAAGUCUGUUAUGGAGUAUGCUGCUAAGCUUGGUGAGUUAGCUAAGUUUUACCAACACUGUGAUGGAGACAAUGACAACAAUGCUCAUUAUCGUGUUAUUAAUGAGAAGAGGGGCAAUGGUCAACAAGGCCGUGGUAUGCCUUAUGAAGCUCCGAAUGGAAAGGGUAAGCAGAAAGUUACUGAUGGCAAGAGGACUAGUGGGGAAGAUGCUCCUGCUGGUGUUGUGUGCUUUAAGUGUGGCAAGGUUGGCCACAAAAGUAAUGUGUGUACUGGUGAUGCUAAGAGAUGUUUCCGUUUUGGUGAGGUUGGGCAUAUGGCACCUGAGUGCAAGCAUAAGCAGUCUGUGAGGUUUUCUUCUUCUGAAGAGGAAGGUGUUGAGUUGUUGUCUGCUAGAAAGUUGCGUUUGUUGGUGAAAGAGGAUGUUCAAGUAUUUGCUUUGGUUGCAUCAAUGUCUGUUGAGAACCAAGCGAUCAUAUAA